GUACGUGCUUGCGGGAGGUCGCGUUCGCUCGGGUUGGUGCCGGUGGUGCCCGGUCCCCGGCAGGGAGCGGCCUUCUCCGCGUCCGCCUGCCGCUCUGGGUGUGGUUGAACAGUGCAGAAAUUGACUUCAGACUAGCAGCUGGAGAGUGGAGAGACUGCUCCUUGCCCUGUCUGCAGGGAUUUUUAAACAGGUUCAGGAGACUCCCAGGAUGAAGCUGCUGUGAGGAGCUUGAGGAGUCAGCACACAGGCUUUCAGGGCUCCCUUUCUGAGUGGAAUACAGUAUUGGAGUCUGCAGGAAAAAUGACUGUGGGAUUUGUACUGCUUCCUCCUCUGCUGGGGAGGACUUUGCUUACGCUGCUGGUGGUGGCUGCCUUUGUUCAAUGCCAUUGGCCCAGUGAACCUUCCGAAGUUGUACAGGACUGGGAAAACCAGUUAGAGGCCUCCAUGCAUUUUGUGCUAUCAGAUCUCCGUGAGACAGUCCCAGCAGUGGUCGGGAUUCCAGACAGCUCUGCUGUGGUGGGACGCUCCUUCAGAGUCACCAUCCCCACAGAUUUAAUUGCUUCCAAUGGAGAAAUGGUGCAGAUAUCUGAAGUGGGGAGAGACUCCUUGCCUUCUUGGCUGCAUUGGGAACCGAAGAGUAGCACCUUGGAAGGUCUGCCCCUGGAUACUGACAAGGGUGUGCAUUACAUCUCAGUGAAUGCAGGACAGCUGGAGCCCAAUGGAAGUUAUGUGCCCGAGACCACCAAUGUCUUUUCCAUUGAGGUUCACCCUGAAGACCACAAUGAACCUCAGUCAGUACAAGUGGCUUCCCAAGACCAGAAUGAGGCAGCACCAUUCAUGUGUGGCACGGAGGAACCAGUCACAAUCCUGACUGUAAUUUUGGAUGCUGACUUAACAAAAAUGACACCAAAGCAAAGGAUUGAACUUUUAAACCGAAUGAAACAUUUUUCAGAGGUGGACCUUCAUAACAUGAAGUUGGUUCCUGUUGUAAAUAAUAGACUCUUUGACAUGUCAGCCUUCAUGGCUGGGCCAGGAAAUGCAAAGAAGGUGGUGGAAAAUGGGGCCUUACUCUCAUGGAAAUUGGGAUGUUCUUUGAGCCAAAAUAGUGUUCCCAACAUCAGCAACGUUGAAGCUCCUGCUAAAGAAGGUGCCAUGUCUGCCCAUCUUGGCUACCCUGUUGUUGGCUGGCAUAUUGCUAACAAGAAACCUCAUCUUCCUAAGAGGAUAAGGCGGCAGAUCAAUGCCACCCCUACACCUGUCACUGCCAUUGGGCCACCUACAACUGCUAUCCAGGAACCACCAACCAGAAUUGUUCCCACCCCCACGUCCCCAGCCAUUACACCGCCCACAGAAACAACAGCUCCUCCAGUAAGAGAACCUAUACCAUUACCUAGGAAACCUACAGUUACUAUUAGAACAAGAGGAGCCAUUGUUCAGACACCAACUCUAGGACCUAUUCAACCAACCAGAGUAGUAGAAGCCACCAGUACUAUCCCUGGGCAAAUUCGUCCAACAAUGACUGGAUAUGUAGAGCCUACUGCUGUGGUUACACCACCCACAACCACUACUAAGAAACCAAGAGUGACCACUCUGAAACUAGGCACACCAUCAACAACAGAUUCCUCUACAGCUACAACUCGAAGGCCUACCAGAAGACCCAAAACUCCUCGACCUACCAAGCCCCCUGGCACGACCAGAUCACCAAUCACUAAGUUGGAAACCCCCUCUCCACCAACCCGCAUACGCACUACUAUUAGUGGUCCUUCCCAUGUGUGGGAGCCAAAUGAGCCACCAAGGCUGACAAACCACAUUGACAGGGUGGAUGCAUGGGAAGGCACUUACUUUGAGGUUAAAAUACCUUCUGAUACAUUCUAUGACAAAGAAGACACCACCACCGAUAAACUGCAAUUAACUCUAAAGCUGAAAGAGCAGAAAAUGGUGGAAGAAAACUCCUGGGUCCAGUUCAAUAGCACUAGUCAACUAAUGUAUGGAAUGCCUGAUCACAGCCACAUAGGGAAGCAUGAGUAUUUCAUGUACGCCACGGACAAAGGUGGCCUCUCUGCCGUGGAUGCUUUUGAAAUACAUGUUCACAAACGGCCACAUGGGGAUAAGUCUCCAGUUAAAUUCAAAGCCAGAUUCCAUGGAGACCACAAUGCAGUGGCCAAUGACAUCAGUAAAAAGAUUCAGUUGGUAAAGAAGCUGGCUUUUGCAUUUGGUGACCGGAACAGCAGCACAAUUACCUUACAAAACAUCACCAAGGGCUCCACUGUAGUGGAGUGGACAAACAACACUCUGCCUCUGGACCCAUGCCCGAAAGAACAGAUCAGAGUCUUAAGCAAAAGAAUCUCUGAUGACUCGGGUGGUCCUAGCCCAGCCUUCUCCAAUGCCUUAGAGCCAGAGUUCAGGCCCAUAAAUAUUUCUGUGGUUGGCUCCGGCAGCUGCAGGCACAUUCAAUUUAUUCCAGCGGCUAGAGAUGGCAGGAUUAUCUCUGAAGCCACCCCAACAUUGCUGGCAGGUAAAGACCCCGAGAAGAGCAGCGAGGAUGACGUGUACCUGCAUACUGUGAUCCCUGCUGUGGUGGUUGCUGCUAUCCUGCUGAUCGCUGGCAUCAUCGCCAUGAUCUGUUAUCGCAAGAAGAGAAAGGGCAAACUCACCAUUGAAGAUCAGGCCACCUUCAUCAAGAAAGGAGUGCCGAUCAUAUUCGCAGAUGAGCUGGAUGACUCCAAGCCUCCCCCUUCCUCCAGCAUGCCCCUGAUCCUUCAGGAGGAGAAAGCCCCUCUUCCCCCUCCAGAGUACCCAAACCAGAACAUGCCAGAGACCACCCCCUUGAACCAGGAUACCAUCGGGGAAUAUACUCCAUUGCGGGAUGAAGACCCUAAUGCACCUCCAUACCAGCCUCCCCCACCUUUCACAGCACCCAUGGAGGGUAAAGGCUCCCGCCCGAAGAACAUGACCCCCUACAGAUCUCCACCUCCAUACGUUCCCCCUUAAUGAACAAAAGAUUCUUUGCGGAGUAGGGGCCUCUAGUCCCGUGCCAGGGUUGUCUUUAGGGACUGAUGGCCUGCAAAUCCAUUGCCAACCAGAAACACCACUUAGAAUCCCAAACCGCAGCCAGCCCCUCUCCGGAAAUGUUCGCUCACCAGAGUGCUGGGGAGACUUUGGAACACUGAUUUUAUUUUUGCCUAACAGCUUUUAUUUUAUUUUAUUCAUAGAAAAUUCUUGGCUCAAACGUAUUUCUAACGGCAGGCUUCUCAACGCGUCCGCGGACUGGUGAAAAGGGAGAGAGAUGGCUGGACGUACAGGCAGCACUAGGGGUGGCACUCUGAGGCUCUGCUGUUUGCCUUUAACACUAACUGUACUGUUUUUUCUAUUCACGUGUGUCUAGCAACAGAACGUAAUAUGAAAGGUAGCCUACAAAUAAUGACAUUCAAGGGACUUUCUGAAGUCAAGGCUGAGUUUUUACAUUUAAUCUGCUGUCUACCUGAAGUUGUCUGUGUAGCUUUUGGGACAGGGGAGGGGAAGUACCUUGCUAAAAAUCAGCUCCAGAGGUGUUUCAAACCCAGUUAGAGGAUGGACCUAGCCAGUGUUUUUAUCAGAGGAAUCCUAUUUUUUCACGUAUUGUAAAAUUGUCGUCAGCCUGAGUGUGGGCACCCUUUGCCAAGCGCCCAGGAAACUCCCUGCCCCUGCAUAGGCCAUUGCUGGCCUGCCAAGAUCGCCCUGCCGGUCCCCAUGCUGCUGGAGAACAGAACUCGGAGGUGCCUCAGAACUGGAAAACAGCCAUUGGAUAACAGAGUGGGGCUCAGUCAGGCUCAGAGGGGCAGUAUCUCCACGGUGGGCUGCAUGGCUGUGGUGUGUGCAGGCCAGCGGUGGGGGGGGGCUCUGCCAGGAAUGGGAGAAGGUUUUAUACUGCCUCAAUUCUCCAUGUAAGUAGCGAGCGCUGGGGUUUGACACACUUUGAGAUAUUUUGGCGAAGAUGCAAUAUUUUUAUGUAGUAUGUUGCUAUCUCCUCACUUCUCCUUGAGCGUAGUACUGACACAGCUUCUCAUCCAUCCCCUUUCGCUGUCCCAACCCACUUGUGCUGUGCUACCCUCACGCUCACGUGCACAUUACACAGGUGGUUGGGACCUCCGAAGUGCCAGAAAUGGCUCAGAGUAAAACUCUCAAAUCUAAUUUUUUACUAAAUUUUUGAUACAGCUUCAGAUUGUUUUAUUAAAAAAUCAUUAAAAAUGGUAACGCUGACAGCAGUUUAUACGAGCUUAGCUUCUUAGUAUCAGCUCCAUGGGACUGACUGCGUUGCUCACUUUGAGUUCUGUCUCUUAUUCGUUGUUAAAUAUUAGAGCCAUGUCUAGGUUUCUUGCCUUUUUAAAAUGAACUUUCAUCUUCUCUCCUGCGAGGUUGGCGUUGCCCUGUAGGCUGCUCCUGUGCUUUUUUCCUUUGAACUAAAUCAUUUUAAGCAUGGAUUUUUCUGGACCGUUUGAGAACUAUUUUUGGUACAUUUAGAGGGAGGAAAAACCCUUUGCAAUAAUGUGGCCCUGCCCUGGCUGGGGCUGGCUAGGCAGGUUCUGGCUGACUUUGCACACCAAGCAGACACUUUAAGCCAUAUUGACUGUUUUGCAAAGUAUGUUUGUGUGCUGACGUGGCCAAGUUACACAGCAGUAGGUGACUGGAGAAAAUGACCUUCACCUCUUAACUGCUAGAGUGGCAUUUCCCAUCAACCCUUUUCUUGACUUCAAGGGAGUUUGCCUGUCAAAAGCAAACACUAGCCUAAUCUUGUUAGGGCCUUAGCUCGGUAGGGUCUGCUUCUGCAUCUGCAAGGGGGUGGGAAGAGUGAGAUUGAGGUGGCUGCAAAGUGCACCUCAGGCAGGAUUUUAUUGGUGCUGACUUUACCCCCCACACCAAUUGUAACUCCCCCUCCCCCCCUGCAGGAGUGCUGGAACUGAGCAGGCUUCCUAGGAGAGCACUGGCCCAUGUUGUCCUGUUUGGCUAUGGAGGGAGUGGGAGUUUUGUCACUCAGAUGCUCUGUUGGCUUGGUGCUGCACCUAGAGCUGUGUCUGGAAGCCCGUUGCAGCUGGGAGUAGAUUGCAAGGGCUGAACUGGCAGCGGUGCAUUUCAGGUGCCUCUCCAGCAGGCCUGAAGUUAUCCCCACACACGCAAGUUAGAACAGGCUCCCAAACAGUGUCGUUGUCCCUAGCAACCACAGCCACUCCAUACUGGCCAUGCGCAGGCGCACAUGCGUCAGGCCUGGGCCUACCUGUCACCAUAGAAACUGGAGGCGAAGGGGCAGUGAACAGAAUAAUAAUAAUGGCAUUCUCAGCGGCCGCCUUCCCCUUAGCACCAGUGCUGUUUGUUUAUGCCACUAGACACUGUAAUGGUGAGAGAGACUUGUAUUAAAAAAGUGUUCACCAAUCACUGCUGUGUUUUUAUUCCUUGUAUGAUUAUUUUAAAGAUGUUUUCUGCAUUCUGUAAAGAAUCCUAUCAACUAAAUAAACCCGUGUACUUUACUACA